AUGGAACUGAACCGAGAACAUUUUUGCGCCAUAAUUUAUUACAACUUUCAGAGACAAUUAUCGCAACAAGAAUGCCUUGCUGAGUUACUGUCUCAAAGAACUAUUACUGCGGAUUGGUAUACCACCAUUUGUUUGUCAAAAAACACAGCCCAAAAAACAAGGCAGUAUUUAACGGAAGAAAACGUGGAAUUACUGGACCAUCCACCAUAUAGUCCCGAUCUAAGUCCUAACGAUUUCUUUACUUUCCCGAAAAUUAAAAACAGACUGCGUGAUCAAAGGUUCCAGUCACCAGAAGAAGCAGUUGACGCAUUAAAAAAUGCCGUUUUGAAUCUGCCAGCAAACGAGUGGAAUAAGUGCUUCGAAAAUUGGUUCGAGCGCAUGCAGAUGUGUAUUAAUCUUCGUGGAGAAUGCUUCGAAAUACAAUAAAGUCAUUUAAAACUACCUACC